UGAAUAUCCCAAGACGGAACUUAUUUCGUAUCUCUUUUUAGUUGCUUUGCAUUUUCUCCCUCUACAACUAGCAACUGCUACUCUUCCUCUCUCUCUCUAUAUAUUAUAUAUAUUUCUCCCAGAAAACUGUAUUUUAUGGCCGCCAAUUUGCAGUGCCGCGGAAUUGCCAAGCGAUUUCUCAGCAUCGUCGGCUCGAGCACUCGCAACACUGCCCCCUCUCCUUCCCUCAUCUCUGCUAGGAGGGCUGUGCAUGUGUCUGUGUAUGACAAGAACCCAGAAGAACAUGUUCAUUAUCCAUCAAUUGUCCCAGACGAAGUAAUCGAAAACCAAUCUGCCAAGUACUGGACUCCUCACCCACAAACUGGAGUGUUUGGACCACCCACCAAUCACACUCUUACUGCUACUGACUUCCACACCGGCGUUGCUCACUCAGUCUUGGAGCUGAAAGCCUUCUUCCGUCCCCUUGAGGAUUUGGAGAAACCACCCCAUUCUGCCUUCUAGAAAACAUAACAUAUAUAUUCUUUCCCAAUUACAAAUAAAUAAGAUAUAUCCAAUGAAUAGGGAAAAGAUUUGCUGUAUACAUUAGUUCUAAGGACACUAUGUCAUUAUGGUAUUGUAAUGAUCUUAACAGCUACUAUCUAGGAUGAUGAAAAUUCAUUAGGUAAUCUCUGUUGCAGUAUGUUCAAAUGCUUAGGUUUGCAUUCAGUCUUCAAAGAUCCCUGCAAUAUUGUUAAUUCCUCUUUAUUAGAAUAUAAUAAUAUGCAAAUUCAACUUGAAAAA